GUGACUUGACGCGAGAGUUGUGCGAUAGGAUUUUCGAUUGUUUUUUGAGUAAAAGGCAACUAUAACAAUUGUGCAGUUGCGCGUCCGCACAUUUAUCGUGUGUGAGCAUAUCCUAAACAAAAAAAUACUACGAUGGAGGCCCUCAUCCCGGUAGUAAAUAAGCUGCAGGAUGUGUUCAAUACCGUAGGUUCGGAUGCCAUUCAAUUGCCACAGAUUGUCGUCCUCGGCAGCCAGAGCUCGGGCAAGAGUUCAGUAAUAGAAAGCCUCGUCGGGCGAACGUUCCUUCCGCGUGGAACAGGCAUAGUUACGCGUCGCCCCCUGGUCCUGCAGUUGGUCUACACACCGCUGGACGACCGUGAACACCGCUCGGCUGAACAUGGCACGGUGGCCGUGGAGGAGUGGGGCCGUUUCCUGCACUUGAAAAAUAAGGUGUUUGCCAACUUUGAUGAAAUACGAGCGGAAAUCGAAAAUGAAACAGAUCGUAUGGCGGGAGCCAAUAAGGGCAUCUGCCCUGAACCGAUAAAUCUAAAGAUCUACUCGACGAAGGUAGUCAACUUGACGCUAGUUGAUUUACCUGGUAUUACUAAGGUGCCGGUCGGAGACCAACCGGAAGAUAUCGAGGCGCAGAUCAAGGAUCUGGUGCUUAAGUAUAUUGAGAAUCCGAAUUCGAUCAUUCUGGCUGUGACCGCGGCAAACACUGACAUGGCAACAAGCGAGGCGCUCAAGAUGGCGAAGGACGUCGACCCGGACGGUCGUCGCACCCUGGCAGUACUUACAAAGCUCGACCUGAUGGACGCGGGCACAGAUGCUAUAGACAUUUUGUGCGGGCGCGUGAUUCCGGUGAAGCUGGGCAUCAUCGGCGUGAUGAAUCGCUCACAGCAGGACAUUCUUGACAAGAAAGCGAUCGAGGAUCAGCUGCGCGAUGAGGCGGCGUACUUGCAGCGAAAGUAUCCUACCCUGGCAACACGCAACGGAACGCCCUACUUAGCGAAGACGCUCAAUCGGCUUCUGAUGCACCACAUUCGCGAUUGUUUGCCCGAUCUCAAGAAGCGCGUCAACGUGAUGUCUUCACAGUUCCAGUCGCUGUUGAACUCGUACGGUGAAGAUGUUACCGAUAAAAGCCAGUGUCUGUUGCAGAUCAUCACGAAGUUCGCUUCGGCCUACUGUUCCACGAUCGAGGGUACAUCGCGGAACAUUGAGACCACUGAACUGUGCGGUGGAGCUCGUAUUUGCUACAUUUUCCAUGAGACAUUUGGCAAAACGCUCGACUCCAUUCACCCGCUCCGAGGACUAACGAAGAUGGAUAUCCUGACGGCGAUUCGUAAUGCGACCGGUCCGCGGCCGGCUUUGUUCGUUCCUGAGGUGAGCUUUGAGCUACUCGUAAAACGUCAAAUCCGUCGACUGGAAGAUCCGUCGCUUCGAUGCGUCGAGCUGGUGCACGAAGAGAUGCAACGCAUUAUCCAGCAUUGUGGCACGGAGGUGCAGCAAGAAAUGCUUCGUUUUCCGAAGCUGCACGAAAAGAUCGUCGACGUAGUUACGCAGCUGCUGAGGCGGCGCCUGCCCACUACCAAUUGCAUGGUGGAGAAUCUCGUGCAGAUCGAGCUGGCGUACAUUAAUACGAAGCAUCCAGACUUUCACAAAGAUGCGGCCCUCGUACCGAGUCUCAUCAAGGCCGAUUCGCAGGAUCAGUGGUCGUCACACCAGACGGGAAAUCCGCCAAGUCGGCGACCCGGCUCGAACAGACAGGCCGCGUUGAUGGAUAAGACUGGUAUGCUUAAUUUGAACCACGAUCAAAGCACCCAGCAGCAAAAUCACACCGAACAACCGGAAGUCAUGACUAAUGAAAACAAUUGGCGAUCUGGCUCGAAAAGGCCGCUUCACUUAAAUAACGAUUCAGCGGCGCACGAACAUGCGAGCGGUUGGUUGGGAAACACAAUGCCACCAAACAUGGAGCCGACAGGAAGCGAAAAUGGCACGGCUACCAACACACCUACUCACGGUUUACUAAGUCCGACCAAACCGGUUAACCUGCUGCCGGAUGUUCCGAUAAAUCAUUCAUCGCGCCCUCUUACCGACAAGGAGCAGAAAGAUUGUGAUGUCAUCGAACGUUUGAUCAAGUCGUACUUCUACAUAGUACGGAAGUCGAUUCAAGACUCCGUACCGAAGGCCAUCAUGCAUUUCUUAGUCAACUUUGUCAAGGACAACGUGCAGUCCGAACUGGUCACGCAUCUGUACAAAUCAGAUUCUGCCAACGAACUGUUGAACGAGUCCGAUCAUAUCUCCAUCCGACGCAAGGAGGCUAGCGAUAUGUUGAAGGCGUUGACUCGGGCAAACCACAUCAUCAGUGAAAUUCGUGAGACCCACAUGUGGUAAGCGCAACAAACCUGUUCACGCACACGGAAAACGAACCACCACGAUAUAUGGCUAAGGUGCAUGCGAAAGAUGGUCGAGGUCUCUGUGGAUGGAUAAUGUUCUGUUUUCGUUGACUAUGCAAACACCACGUACACGACCAGUAUCCGUAGCAUACAUUAUACCCAUUCGUUUUGGUUGACGCAUAUUGGAAUGCAUUUGAAUUUGCUGGCACGUUCGUGUAGGAGAACGUUUUGCAGCGAUAGUUUGUUGGAAUUCAUGAGUAAAAUUUUCGAUUCGUUAGAACACACAUCUCUUCACGCCAUAUGACGACGGAUAUUUGCGGGAAAUGAUAAAAUACUUCUUGCGCGUUCGGGAGGAAGGCUUCUUAGAUUAUAUGGAAACUAUUCAAUUGAAAUUGCACGCAUAAGUAUCGUAAUGCUAUGUACUAUUAGCUGAAUGGCGGGCGAUAUUAUGAUAGCGGACGAAAAGGAAAUGAGCUAAAGCAACCAAAACAUAAACCGUAAAAAAGAAUGUAUGCAUAUACUGAUAAGCUCUAUGUAGAAAGUGCAUUGUCAUGAAUCAUGGAUGUACGGCAGGAGACGAUCGAAUAACCAGCCAAAGCCCUUGUAUUUCGCGUUUCUUUAUAAUUUCCUUUCUGAUGUACACUCGAUUACAGCCAAGAAGAAUGGAGGAUGGAAGAAAUGGUGCGAUUCAGCGAGGAAAUGACCGAAAUGCUUUUACUAGUCCAUGCGUUUCAUCCCGAAACUUAGCGUGAGUGUGUCAUAACAGAACACAUAUUUCAUUCCCCCGCUAGAUGUCGGAUCAUUUUCAUCGGUUUUUCCGCAAGGAUUGGUGUUUAGUUCGUGCAAAAAUGAACAUUAUUAUCUCCCUGUUGCACCUGGCUCGAUCCCUAAAUCUCAAUCGUUAUAAAUUUUGGCGCGGGUCUUAAGCUCCAUUCAAAAUUCUAGUUAGCAAAUAUCGAUUGAUUGAUUGAUCCGUUCAAGAUCCUGCAUUUUGUUACGAUGACGUAAAUGUUUCUAUGUUGUAUGAAUUGCACUCAUUUGAUGAUUUUUCACCCUUCGAUUGUGAUGCGCAUCUGUUUAACAUUUUUACGAGUUAUUAGAUAUCCAAUAAGACACCAUGUCUAUACUAGUUCUACACCUGAUCAAGAUUGAGCAGAAAAAUACAUUACACGU